UCUGUCUGCUACCGCGUAUACACACACGGUGAGUGCGCGCGUGCAUGUAACUCCAACACGCCCGUUUGGAUAUCAUAACGCCCAUAGUAUUUUAAUCGCGGAUCGUUCAUUAUAUAGCCGGCGUACACUUAUAAUAUAUAAAUAGCAAAGAAAACCACACACAGACACAAUCAAAAUGAGGAUAGGCAUAUACUUUCUUCUGCUGUCGGGAGUGCUGCUGGCGGUGCUCGCGGCGCCGGCCACGAAAAAUGAGCUCAGCGACGAACUCAGCCCCCUGAACGAGGUUUCUCCUUCACAGAGCGAAGACGAUAGCGGCGCUACCAACGUCAGAACCAAGAGGAAAAUCGGCGCCAUCAAGCUCGGAGCCGCCAACGGACUCAUGAACUUUGUUUUCGGGAAAAUCGACGCUCUGCUUGACGCCGGCACCAAGUCGCUGUCGACCCUCGACGACAGCAACAAAGCCAAGAAUCUCAUCUACGAGAUCGAUCCCGACAAGUCCGCCACCAGCGAGUUCAUCAGCAAGUUCCUCGCCCAGAAAGCGCGAGCCUCCGCGGGUGGCAUCGGGCCCCUGAUCAACGCGGGCUCGACCUUCCUGUCGAGCGCCAAGCAGGGUAUCUUCGGCGCGGUGGCCUCGAAAUUCGCCCCAUUGAGCUCGCUGUCCGGUGGCUUGUCCAGUGGUGUUCUUGGCUCGUCUUCCGGUGGCGGCGAGGACGGCGAAAACGGCGGCGGUGGCAGCAACAGCGGCAGCUUCCUGACCGGUAUCGUCGGCAGCCUCAGCGGCGGUAGCGGCGGCGGCAACGGUGGUGGCGGUCUCGCCAGUCUCAGCAGUCUCAGUGGAAAUCUCAGCGGUAACGGCGGCGACGCCGCGACCGACGACGAGGAGGUCGACUUCCCGACCAUACCCGAGGACGACGCGAGCAGCAGCAACGAUUCGGGAUAUCCAGCGGCCGGUGCCGGGGUAGGAAAAAAAGCAAAAUUUAAACCUCGAAAAACUCAAAAAGUUCAGAAAGCACGUGCCAAACCAACGACUACCACGGAAAAGAUUCCAGAAUUUGACAGGGAAAAGGUAUCACUCGAUCUUCCACCAGAACUUUUUGGCCAAGGAUUCGGAAUCGUGACUGAUAUCAGUAAAAUUGUCGGUAGCGUAAUCAUGAAUUCAGCUAAAAGAACGGCGACUAUCUUAGAAUUAUUUAAGCCAUUUUUCAGAGGGAUCUUCACCAUAAGCGGUCUUCCGUCCGACCAAAAAAAUACACAAGUUAAAGAUUCGAAGAAAAGCAAAUUACGAAGAUAAUUUCUAACUAUAAUUAACAAUUUUAACUAAUUGACGCAAUAUUACUAUAAGUAUUGAAAAUAACCUAAGGCCAUUUAGAAAUUACAUUAUGAAAACUAACGAAUAAGAGUCACAAAUCUUAUUCUAAGAUCUUCGCGAUGUUAGAACCGAAGCAGAAUUAAAUGUGCCAAAGCAUAAAUUAUUCAUGUAAAAAAUUUGUUCGUAUCUACUCGAUUAACAUGGGUAAUUUUUGUAAUCGAUUGUAAAUUAUUGUAUAGGUGUAGGUAUUAAAACGAGUAUGUGAUUGCAUUUAUGUGAAGUUCAAAUUUUUGUACGACGUAGUAGCUGUCUUGAGUAUUAUUGUUACUUUGAUACGUGUGUAUUACUCGAGUUCAAUGUGUAUUCGUUUUAAGAAAAGAAUUCGCAAGAUAAUAAAAUAAUAACAUUUUGAUGCAUUAUGUGUCCGGAGUUCGAUUGCCGCUUUGUUAAUAUCCGUGUCUUUUUUUAGAAACGAUAAAUGGGAAUUUGACCGAUUUUUACUGAUAGUACUGAAUAUAAUAUAUUGAUAUCACGAUAAU